AUGGCCAAGAAGAAAGAUGCGCGGGUAGCGGUCAUUUUGGAAUGUACCAGUUGUAUACAAAACGGUGUUAAGAAGGUAUCAACGGGUAUUUCCAGAUAUAUUACUCAAAAGAACCGGCACAAUACACCCAAUCGAUUAGAAUUGCGAAAAUUCUGUCCCUAUUGUUACAAACAUAUGAUUCAUGGGGAAAUAAAGAAAUAG